UCGGCCGGGGCUCACUCGCGCUCCCGCCGCAGCCGCCGCCGCCGCCGCCGCCCCUCGCUAUGGAGCGGCCGCCGCUGCGCGCCCUGCUCCUCGGCGCCGCCGGCCUGCUGCUCCUGCUGCUGCCCCUCUCCUCUUCCUCCUCUUCGGAAGCCUGCGGCCCCUGCGAGCGGGCCGCCUGCCCGCCCCUGCCCCCGCGGGGCUGCCAGCUGGGCGAGACCCGCGACGCGUGCGGCUGCUGCCCGAUGUGCGCCCGCGGCGAGGGCGAGCCGUGCGGGGAAGGCGGCGCCGGCAGGGGGUUCUGCGCGCCGGGCAUGGAGUGCGUGAAGAGCCGCAAGAGGCGGAAGGGUAAAGCCGGGGCAGCAGCCGGCGGCCCGGCGGGCAGCGGCGUGUGCGUGUGCAAGAGCCGCUACCCGGUGUGCGGCAGCGACGGCACCACCUACCCCAGCGGGUGCCAGCUGCGCGCCGCCAGCCUGAAGGCCGAGAGCCGCGGGGAGAAGGCCAUCACCCAGGUCAGCAAGGGCACCUGCGAGCAAGGUCCUUCCAUAGUGACGCCUCCCAAGGACAUCUGGAACGUCACUGGUGCCCAGUUGUACUUGAGCUGUGAGGUCAUUGGAAUCCCAACCCCUGUCCUCAUCUGGAACAAGGUACAAAGGAAUGACUAUGGAGUUCAAAGAACAGAACUCUUGCCUGGUGACCGGGACAACCUGGCCAUUCAGACCCGGGGUGGCCCAGAAAAGCAUGAAGUCACUGGCUGGGUGCUGGUAUCUCCUCUAAGGAAGGAAGAUGCUGGAGAAUACGAGUGCCAUGCAUCCAAUUCCCAAGGACAGGCUUCAGCAUCAGCAAAAAUUACAGUGGUUGAUACAUUACAAGAAAUACCAGUGAAAAAAGGUGAAGGUGCUGAGCUAUAAACCUACAGAAUGUAUUAGUCUGCAUAGCUAAAAGUAGUCGUGGAUAACUAUAACCCCUGUUCUUGCCUAACAACAAGUUUCUUUUAAUCCAGUCUACUAACACUUUUAGUUAUAUUCACUGGUUUUACACAGAGAAAUUGACAAUAAAGAUAAACACAUCAAGACUAUAAAAAUUUAUUGUCUAUUUACAGAAGAAAAGCACAUAAACCAUUAAACAAAACAAAUGUUUUUUAUUGCAACACAGUACAUAUUUGUCAUUCUUUUAAAGCCAUAUCAGAGAAACAAGAUACAAAGAUAUUUACAAGCAUCUUGUUGAGAAUCUUUUAAAAGAGUUAAACACUCAUCAUUCGAGGUGCAAUACUCAUAGACAUAAGUUCCUGAAACAACAGUUUGCACGCAUAUGGCAUUCGCACCAAAGAAAUCUGAAAAGAAAAAACAAACAGUAAUUGGCAAAACUCUAUCAAAGUGACGCCGCUUCUCUACCCCCCAAAAAGGUAAAGACGUGGCUCUACAGAUGAUGAAUACACGAGCAGGCUGAGAACACUCAUCUUGCUACCUUGGCUUAUGGUGGUUCUUUCCCCUAAAAGGCUUUGGUAUUUUACCCCUUCUGCUAGACACAAUUUAUAUUCACCCUCCUCAAUUAAAAGGUUUAAGAAAAACUCAUUGACUAAAAUUCCUUGUAUAAGUCCUUAUUAUUUCUAAAAGAUGAACAGCUUAGAGAAAUUGCUACACUAAAUCUGGUAUUUAGAAAAAUCUAAUUAUCUUUUUCCUUGUUUAAAACUAGGAAUCUGGGCCGGCCCGUGGCUCACUCGGGAGAGUGUGGUGCUGAUAACACCAAGACCACGGGUUCGGAUCCCAUAUAGGGAUGGCCGGUUAGCUCCUUGGGUGAGCGUGGCGCUGACAGCACCAAGUCAAGGGUUAAAAUCCCCUUACCGGUCAUCUUUUUUAAAAAAAUAAAUAAAUAAAACUAGGAAUCUUACAGAGGUAUGCUAUCAAACUUGUGAAAAUGCCAAUCUGUUCCACCACAGUAAAUAUGCCUAGAUGAUUAUACCAACAUGGUUAUAUCAUAAACAAAUAUCAACUGUCAAUAAAGUCUGUACACACCUGCGUUUUAUUGCGGCAGCCCCUGCAUUCAUACGUAUGGGUCCUGGUGUUAGCAAUCGCCAUUAUUCCACAAAGAUUGCAAACGUGAACCUGAUAGGGAUCUGAUGCCUCAAACAACCUUUCCCUUAAAAACUGGGCUGCUCCAUGGGCAAUCUGACAAUCUCGCUCCAUUUCUCCAAAACGCAGGCCACCAUCACUGUUAAUGGAAACAACAGGUUAUUUCGUAUUUUUUAUUUUAAAUACCAUCUUGCCUAAUGGCAAAGGUAAAGAAUGAUAUUAGUAAAGGAGAACUAGGCUUUAAUUCUUAUACCUGGUGGAGAGGGGAGAAGCCUGCCAACUAUCUGAUGUACUGGAAGGUCCCCAAAUGAAUCAGAUUCUUAACUACAGCAUAUAAUUUUCCUCAUAAAAUAUAAUGAAGUACAGAGAGACUCAUGCUAUCAUUUAACUUUUCAGAAUUCAAUUCUCUAUACUCAAAAGUGAAUAAUAAAAAAGUCAAUCCAAAUAAAGCAGCUUCUCAAUGAACGAAUUUCCAGGCAAUCAAGCCUAAAAUGAUAGACUUGACUUUUGCACACUGGCAAAAGUAACUGAAAGAACUGAUGAAAGAUUACAGAUUUCCCUAACACAAAAGUGAAAAGCAUUGGUCAGAUGGCCAGGCAAGUGGAUAGUGACGGCCUCCUUAACAUUUUUAAUACACAAAACACAGAAAAUAAAAUUAACAGGUUUAUAAUAUAACCAAAAACCAAAAAAAUCAUUAGUCAACUUUGGAGAAUGCUUGACAACCAACUUGUUUUGAAAACUGAUAAAUAAAGAGAAAAAAAAUCAAAUAUUUAUCCUGCCUUUACAAUAGGAACUGUAUCACCAGGGAACCAAACAGUUGAGGAAACAAAGUUUUAGAAGUAAUCCAGCUAAUUUAUAAAGAAGGAGUGAUAAAAAUUAGAAUUGUAUCAGUGUGCAAUCCUUGUUUAAAGACUGCAUUGAUCACUAAUAGCUGCUAAAAUCACAGAAAGGUGACCAGAUAUUGGAAAUUUAUAACACCACCUAUGAAGUAUUAUUGCCAAAAAAACUCAAACCCUAAAUCUCAUCAAGCUUCUAGAUCUAAUUUACAAGAUCUAGAUUAGCAAUUCACAAGGAAAACAGGAAGGCACAGCACUGGGAUGCAAUCAACAAAAUCUAGACUGCAAGAAAUCCUCAAGGACAAACAAUCCAGUUUCUUCAACAAAUAAAUUGCAAGGGGAAAAAGAUGGAGGGCAACCCAUGGAUUAAAAAAAAAAGGACUUGAGAGACAUUAAUAAGGUUUAAUAAAACUAAUCAUUUUACUGCUCCAUUUAGGACAUUCUUCUGUAAAACUGCUUUUUCCCCCUUUCACGUGAGUAGAGAAUACAACUGCUAGUAAAGUUUGGUUCCACUGCCUUGAUUUGUGCUAAGGUGCCAGCUGUUUUAAUCACUUUUGCACCAUCAGUGCAAAUGUCAACUCUGACAUCUGCUGUGAAAGAAGCGAAUAAUAUGUUGUCAGUAUUAUCACAAAAAUAGUUUUGACCCUCAGGAGGUCCACAACCCACACUUUGAGAACCUUAGCUCUAAAAGAUUAGGACCGUUAAACUGCUCUGCUCUCUCUGCUUCCACCAUCUUGCAAUGUGAGACUCCUGGGUUGCUGUUGCCACCACCAGAUGAACUUUGGAUUUCACAACCUCAGAAACUCAUUCUCUGGGAAGAUUACUUUCAAAAAGGAAUGAAAAGUCUAAUUUAGAGCAUAUUCUAACAGAGCAUCUCCUGGCCAGAUAGCAGGAAUCAUGGGAUUCUGUUACACAGGGUAAAGAGCUGAAGAUUUCAAUACAUCUUAAGUCUGGACACUAUCCAGAAGCCAAAGCUGCUACUGCUGCCCCGGGGCAGUCUUGAGCAUCAUCUAUUCCUGACUAUAUCCUAAAUAUUUGUGUCUAGCUCUUCCUAUAAUUAGAAAGAUUAUUCCACUUUAUUGUACCUAUUGUUGUAACUGUGGUUCCAAUGAAAUUUCAUGGAAUGAAUAAAUAAAUAAAUAGAUAGAUAGAUAAACAAAUAAAUAAAUAAAAGAUUAGGACUUAAAAAAAAAAAAAAAAAA